AUGGCAGAACGUGAGACUGAUGGCAUGGAAGCACUGCGGAGGGCAGCGGCAACGGCGAUCGAAGUCGACGGAGAGGACCUCCUCAAUCGACCAACAGUUGCUGCCAACAUCGACAGCCCGUCAAAACGCACGCGAUGGGACAUGCAAACAGUGCCAGCACCUGCACCUGCAGCAGCUGAGGGUUCUGCGGGCAUCAGUCUCGCCCAACUCACUGCGGCGCUGGCGCCGCUAACCGAGGGAGUGACCCAGAUGAGACAGCGCAUGACCGACCUUGAAUCACAGAUGGCUGCAAAGGUCGAUAAAACCCUAGACAUUGUGCAAAUUCUUGAUCAACGACAACGGGAACAGGGAGACAAAAUACAAAAAGUGCAGGACUCCCUGCGGGAUUAUGCUGCCAGGGAACAGACCCGCGACCUCACCAUCCAGGACGUGUUAAAGCGCAUAGACCUGCUGGAGGACAACCAGAUGCAGCGCAGGGCCUGGAAGCCGGCCCGCUUUGACGGGGAAGAGGAUGGGGGCCCUAGAACCCCGGCUCUGGUCUUCGGUGGUUGGAGCCUGGACUUGGACGAGGCGGGGGUCCUGGACAAGGCGAAGAAAGCGGUCGCGGACCUUGCGCUUGACAUCGCCGAGGCGUUUAUGCCAGGGAAGAAUCGAGGGUUCCUCAUUGUCCCUAUGACGGCCAGAUUGGGAGAAGACCGGGCCAAACUGCAACGCACAGCCAUUUCCUCGGUGGAACUUGUGCGGAAGCGGCGCUCCCCGCUGGAGGGACAACCAAGGAGGCGUACUCGACAGAUGUCGAAGAGUAAGAGGGCGGUGUUGGAAGGGGCAGACAAGAACUCCAGGUCCUUGGUGAUCCGUGCGGACUACAAAAGUGGAAGCCUCUGGCUUGAUGACCGCAAGGUCGCGGGGCUGGGCAAGCCGCCUGAUGGCCUCGGAGCUGCCACCUCCUCGUACGGCUGGCUUGACGUUGCGGCCAUAGCCGGCGCUACAGGCGAGACCAAGGAGAAGGCCGAGACGAGGUGGAAGGACCUUGUGGGGCACACCCGGAUCAGGAGAGACGUGCAGAUCCUCACAUGGAAUGUUGGAGGGAUGCCCAUGGAAAGACUCGACUUAGGCAUAGGGGCAGCAGAAAUAGUGGCGCUCCAGGAGAUUUCCUGUCCGGAGGGUAUCACAGAGCUGAUCCACGGUCGAGGGGAAGAUCGGUGGCGUAUAGUGGCGGGAAAGAGAAAAGAGGAGUGGAGAGGAAGAAUGAUCGCCGUCAGGGCGACUCUCGGGAAAAUCGUGCAGAAGGAGGCAGAGUCGCAAGAUAUGCGAGCGCCGGAGCAACAGAUUGACACCCCCACCUACUACCCCUACAACCGCCUGCACCAACCCAGACGCCUAGACUACAUCUUCCUGGCGGGGAUUGAGGAGGGCUCGCCGGGUAGAGUGCAUGGCCUCCGACACCUGGUCUCCAGCGACCAUGAUGCGGUUACUGCAGGCACCACAGUCCCGCAGCAGGGGGUGUCGGGACAGAUGUUUCAACCGAGGAAGCUUCAUGGAGCCAGACAACUCAAAAGGGAAGAGGCAGUUAGACAAGUGAUGCAGGAAGGCCGACAGUGGAAAGGAGACAACCUCAAGAACCUACAACAGGCCGCUCAACACAUCACGGAGCCCAAGCGAAACCCCUUUAAGUAUGUCGAGAGUAAGGAGAUCAAGCAGAUAAGGAAAAGGGCUAUGCAGCUCAAACAUACCCCGGAAGCGAGAAAUCUGUGGAAGCAACUGUGGAAGAAGAAGAAGGCGCGCAAGGCCGAGUGGGAAAGAGAAUUGCUACAAGAAGCCCUCAGGAACAACUGGCAUGCGCUGCAGGCAGUCAAGCGAGCAAGAAAGCCUAAGUUGUGGGCGGGGGCGCUCACGGCAGAGGAGGGCUGGCAGAGUGGCGCUCGAGGCGCUGAGAGCUACUAUGAACCAGGCAGACUGCCUGAGGCAGUUAAGGAAUCCGUUACAGUGUUGCUUCCAAAAGAACCCCAGCCCAAAGAGUGGAGUGCAACCAGACCCAUCACCCUGUCCACCAGCUUCCUCAAAUGGCAGUCCCAACUCGUUUUGGGCAGGGCUGCGGAACAUGUCCUAAGUGGAUCGCCCUGGCAAUAUGCACAGCCGGGAAUGCAGCCGGCGGAGCUUAUCUUGUGCCUUCGCAAAGCUGUGCGCACAUGCCGUGAGUGGGCGCUGCCACUGCGCCUGAUAAAGAUUGACGUAUCGAAGGCGUUCGACACAGUAUCGCAGGUGCAGCUAGCAUCCAUGGUUGAGCAGAAAGUGGGGGUCCAUGGAGCGAGACCGUGGGAAGCACGUCUCUGGAUUGACAUGUUGGCAAGUAGCUCCAUCAACGUGGCCCUGGACAAUGAGGUCCAACAAGUCGAGCAAUCCAACGGUGUCCGUCAGGGAGCACCGGACUCUCCGGUGCUCUUCGCGGCUAUGAUUCGUCAAGUCCUCAACGAGGUGCUCAGCCCCCCGGCCCGGUCUGCUAACCCCACCCUCCCCCGGCCCGAUGAAACCGCAACAAAUGGAACGGAGGCGGGAGGAGGGUUCCAGGACGACAUCUACCUCUGGAGCCAUGACAGAGGCUUCCUGCAGCACAAGCUCAACGUCAUGGUCAGAAGCCUGGGAGAAAGGAAUCUCAGAGUCAAUGCUACCAAAACCAAGUACGUCCAUACGGUGGAAGGAAAACAAACAGUUAAGGUAGGGGAAAAGGAGGUAACGGGGGACAAGGAUGGGACCGUGACGGUCUUGGGUGCACCAGUUGCAUUAGCGGGAGAAGUUGUGCAAGUACUAGCGGAGGUGGCCAGAAGAGCGCGCGGGGCGUUCGCCACUCGCAAAAAACUCCUCACCGGAGCAGGCAGCCUCGAUCACAAGCUUCUCGCACACACCAGAUAUGUGUCCACCUCAGCCCUGUGGGCUAUUGGAGCAGCGCAUCCCCACGAUGCCCUGUUGAAGGGAAAAGCAGAUGGCCUACGACGCCCGCACCGGUUCAAUGCCAUGAUGGAGAUGGAGAAAAUGGUGGAGAAGAUUGCCAAGCCGUGGCGAAAGGAAGCGCUGGACAGAACCAGGUGGAAAAGCCUGGAGGCGGAAUUUGCGAGACGCUUUGACCCCCCGUGGAGCAGUGGCAAACAACCGUCCAUUGAGAACUUGGAACCAACGCACUUUGCAAAUCCAGAAGAAGAAGAGAAGGAGAUGACGGUUGUGCGGGCCAUGGCUAUGCAGUGCGCAGUGUGGACCCUGCUCUUGAUGAGCGGAUGGGCGCGAAGCCAAGUUAUGGGAUGGCAGGGGGCUGCCGGCUACCAGGACGAGGAAGAGCUGGACCACGUGACCUUCAUGGAGUCCGCGCCAUGGAGGGUGGCGCGGAGAUGGGCAACCCCGGCUGCUGGCGCGAGCACUAUGCCGACAAGAGUGACUCACGGCGCCAGAUCGUUCCCCACAAGCAGCCGAGAUGGCGUGGCCCGACCGGUGGAAGAAGGACGAGAGGAAGAAACGGAACCGGCCGAGGACGGUGCGCAGCAGCAAGAGGCCUCAUUCCUCACUGAAGAGGACGUGGAGCGCUUGGAAAACCUUCCGCCCACGCCAACACAACAAGAAUGCCGCCUGUUGUGGGCAGGGCUCCUGGAGGUCCAAGAUGAGGAAGCGACGAGAGAGGAUACAGCCAGGGCGUUGGCAGACCCGAACAACGCCAUGCCGGCACGAAUCAGCCUGGAAGCGGUCACAGAGGAGAUCGAGCGUGUCAUGCAGAGCCGGCAGGUAAGGACUGGCGUCAAGCGACCACGGGAAGAGGAAGGAGCAGAGGCAGAAGAAGAAGAGGUGCUGCUGGAAGAUGAUGCUGAAAUAGACCCGCGUCACGAAGAAGCCGCACUCAUGCAGACAAGCCGCCAGCUCAAGGCGGAACGACCUACAGCAAAAGAAGAAGCCUGGAGGUCCCUCACACGGACCGAAAAAACACGACUCGCCCUGGCCGUGAAGACGCUGCUCGAGUUCCAAAUAAGUGCGGAACCCUCGCUGACAGUUCUAGCCUUCGUCGAAGCGCCUGCGAUGUGUGGUUGUGAUGGAGAAGGAGAGGACGAUGAUGACCUCAGUGUCCAUUGGCAGCACGUCCCGGAGGCGAUUGCCGCCGAUGCGUGGCCAGACCUUGCCCCACCUAACCGGAACGCGAUCCUGGACGCCAUCCUCAAUGCCCUGCCGACGAGACGAGUGCAGCAGCAAGCGGCCCGCGUAGCCCAGAUCUACGGCCAGAUUGGACACGUCGAGACACCGCAGACCCUGGCAACCGCUCGACCCCGGACACCGCUCGACCCCGGAACGGACCAGGCGCACAACGACGACCAGGGCCAUGCGGAACAGAUGAGCCCAUCGCCCGGGCAAACAGAGAAGGAAACAAGAGGAGCCAGACAGCGGGAAGCCGAAGAGCAGGAGAGGCCCAGGAAGAGGCAGGUCCAAAGUGCAAGGAAGCCCAGGUUGACGGCAAAGUCGAUCCGGGAGCUCAGCCAAAUACCGCGCCAAAGCUCAGACCGGGCGGUCGAACCGGACCCGGAGCGGACAAUCGAGGCCUACAGACUCUGGAUUCCGCAAGCGGCAACGAGCACAGAGUACAACAUGACCACCCAAGACGAAGAGCAGACCGAGUGGUGGCAGAGGCAGCGGCUGGAGAACGAGUACCACAGGCAGGUAGAGGAAGCGGAAGCGGCGUACUAUGCAGACCUGCAGAGCGAAAUCGAGAUCACGGAGGCCGAAGAAGAAUACGCCAGAGCGCAGCAACAACAAGCAGAAGGGAGAACGCAGCCCGACGACGAGGACGACGAGACCGACAGCCUGGGGUGGCCCCACUGA